CUGUCUCCAUUCCACGGUGGGCUGAGUGCGCCAAUUCAGCAUCGCCACCGCGGAAUACUUACAGUAAGUACCUCGUCAAGGAGGUCCGGAACCGUACGUCCGCAGACUGCGACACCACCAUGUAUUCCGUGAGUGUUCUAUUACUGUCAUGAUCUGCACCGAGGCGUGGUCGCAACAGGGCUGUGACAUUCCCGACAUCAACAUUGUCGUGCAGUGGAAGCUCCCGGUAAUAUUCCAGAAUCCCGUCCAAUGUGCAGGUCGCGCCGCAAGGGGACGGGGACGACCAGGCCUCGCCGUCCUGAACGUUGAGCGCACUGCCUAACCCAUGGAUCUAUUAGCUUCAGAGAGUUACGACGAGUCAGCAAUCACCGCUACACACAGAAAGGGAAACUUAUACUUAUG